AGUAUCCCACCGUUUAGGACUGCCCACGGAACAAUAUGGUCCAAGGGGUGGGACUUCCGUUCUCUACGAGUGAGGUUUGGGUGCGCUAGCAGAAGGGCUUGGUCAGUGUGGAGUGUAUCACCGGUUUAUCUGUGAGCUUGUAGUCAGCUAGCUACCUGGGAAACAAACGAUGCAGGGUGGGAAAUAGUAUCUCACCGGCAAUGAGAACCUGAAACGUUUUGUGCAUCACCACUACGGGAACAUGUCAGAUGUCACCAAGACCAUCCAGAAAUGGCACGCAAGUUUCAAAAAAGGCACGGACUUUGAUUCGUGGGGACAGUUAGUAGAGGCAGUUGAUGAAUAUCACAUACUUGCAAGGCAACUACAGAAGGAGGUUCAGUCAACAAAUUCGCAUGACUUUUCAGAAGAUCAAAAGAAAACCCUUGGAAAAUUAGCAACAUGUCUAGAAAUGCGAUGUGUAUCUCUACAGUCCGAAGAAGAAUUCAAGUUGGAGGACAUGAAGAAACUGGAACCCAUCAUAAAGAAUCUUCUCACGUACAACAAAGAUUUUCCUUUUGAUGUACAGCCAGUGCCUUUAAGGAAAAUUCUUGCUCCGGGAGAGGAGGAGAAUCUCGACGUGGAGGAGGAGGAGGAGGACAAUGCCACAGGGGCUGGGUCUCCGGAGUCCUUUCCCUCGAGAGUGCCAGCUUUGCAAGGUACUCUGCUGCCACGGCUACCGUCGGAGCCUGGGAUGACACUACUUACAAUAAAGAUCGAGAAGAUCGGGCUGAAGGACGCGGGGCAGUGCAUUGACCCCUAUAUCACCGUUAGUGUAAAAGAUCUGAACGGCGUUGAUUUGAAUCCAGUCCAAGACACGCCGGUUGCCUCUCGGAAGGAGGACACAUACAUUCACUUCAACAUAGACGUUGAGAUUCAAAAACACGUUGAAAAACUACCAAAAGGGGCAGCUAUUUUCUUUGAAUUCAAGCACUACAAACCUAAGAAAAGGUUCACCAGCACAAAGUGUUUUGCCUUUAUGGAAAUGGACGAGAUCAAAGCUGGCCCCAUUGUGAUCGAGUUGUACAAGAAGCCAACCGAUUUCAAGAGGAAGAAGCUCCAUCUCUUGACUAAGAAACCACUCUACCUGCACAUCCACCAGACUUUGCACAAAGACUGAGCUCUGGCAGAGGAGCGUGUGGGACAACAAAUAGCAUAUCGACACACCCACAAUAUGCACAUGGUUUUCAGCAAAACACCUUCUAGUUUUUUGGUGCAUCACCUUUAAAAUCUCAGCAAUACGAAAUCUAUGGUGACAUGGCAAAAAAAAGGCGUCCGAAAAAGAGCCUUAGACAGACCCUUCAAACGUCAUCUUUGUCGCAUGUCCUGGAGAUGCAGGAGAGAUGUCAGUCACCUUAGCAACCACUUUCAUCUCAGUAGUCUUCCUUGUUGGCUCCUUAGGAGAAUCCGAGGGGGACUGACUUAAAAGACUUGUGACCCGUGUUGAAGGAGCACGCUUGUCUUGCCAUCACUGGAAAGAUACCAUGAGUGUUCGUCCACUGCCUCCAUAAGGGAAAAAAAAACAUAUGGUUAGAUAUUUGGUUGUGUUUGCAAGGAUAAAAUUAAGUUUAAUGUGUUCGGAGCCAAGGCAUUUUGAAAAAUAUACAAUGCCAUUUUGCAUUUAAGGGCUUAGGAGUCUGCAUGAAACUAAAAUGGGUAUACUUUUUGUUUAACUAUUAAUGUGCCGUUUAUCAUAUGAAGUGGUUAACCCCAAAUCUUAAAUCAUGCUGUCCACAUUUGUGUUGUAUUACUUGACAUUUGAAUUUAGAUUUUAUUUUUGUAAUAUCAGAAUUCCAAGGCUAUUAGCUGACUCUGCUAAAGAUAGGUGCAUCUGAUUGUGUGUGUGUGUGUGUGUGUAUGUGUGUCCUGUGUACGUGUGUUCAUCUGUAAGGAUGUUCCAGAUUGUUGUAAUACACUUUGGCAGAGUGGGCUUGACGACCGUUGAAUAUCUACACUGCUUUCAUUUCUAAUAAAUGACAUUGCUGCUUGA